GGGGCUCCGUCUCCCCUCACCGCAUCCACUCUCCAGCCGGCUGUCCGCCCGCUGCCUCCUCCGUACGCCGACCCAGUCUCGCCCGCGCCGCCACCAUGAGCCAGGCCUACUCGUCCAGCCAGCGCGUGUCCUCCUACCGCCGCACCUUCGGCGGGGCCCCCGGCUUCUCGCUCGGCUCCCCGCUGAGCUCGCCGGUGUUCCCUCGCGCAGGCUUCGGCACCAAGGGCUCCUCGAGCUCGGUGACAUCCCGCGUGUACCAGGUGUCGCGCACGUCGGGCGGGGCCGGGGGCCUGGGGUCGCUGCGGGCCAGCCGGCUGGGGGCGACCCGCGCGCCCUCCUAUGGCGCGGGCGAGCUGCUGGACUUCUCGCUGGCCGACGCGGUGAACCAGGAGUUCCUGACCACACGCACCAACGAGAAGGUGGAGCUGCAGGAACUCAAUGACCGCUUCGCCAACUACAUCGAGAAGGUGCGCUUCCUGGAGCAGCAGAACGCCGCACUCGCCGCCGAGGUGAACCGGCUCAAAGGCCGCGAGCCGACGCGAGUGGCCGAGCUCUACGAGGAGGAGCUGCGCGAGCUGCGGCGCCAGGUGGAAGUGCUCACCAACCAGCGAGCCCGCGUCGACGUCGAGCGCGACAAUCUGAUCGACGACCUGCAGCGGCUCAAAGCCAAGCUGCAGGAAGAGAUCCAGCUGAAAGAAGAAGCAGAGAACAAUCUGGCUGCCUUCAGAGCGGAUGUAGAUGCAGCCACUCUAGCCCGCAUUGACCUGGAGCGCAGAAUUGAAUCUCUCAACGAAGAAAUUGCGUUCCUUAAGAAAGUACACGAAGAGGAGAUCCGUGAGCUGCAGGCCCAGCUUCAGGAACAGCAGGUCCAGGUGGAGAUGGACAUGUCCAAGCCAGACCUCACAGCUGCCCUCAGGGACAUCCGGGCUCAGUACGAGACCAUCGCGGCUAAGAACAUCUCUGAAGCUGAAGAGUGGUACAAGUCCAAGGUGUCCGACCUGACCCAGGCAGCCAACAAGAACAAUGAUGCACUGCGCCAAGCCAAGCAGGAGAUGAUGGAAUACCGACACCAGAUCCAGUCCUACACCUGCGAGAUAGAUGCCCUCAAAGGCACUAACGAUUCCCUGAUGAGACAGAUGCGAGAGCUGGAGGACCGCUUUGCCAGCGAGGCCAGCGGCUACCAGGACAACAUCGCACGCCUGGAGGAGGAGAUCCGGCACCUCAAGGAUGAGAUGGCCCGCCACCUGCGCGAGUACCAGGACCUACUCAAUGUGAAGAUGGCCCUGGAUGUGGAGAUUGCCACCUACCGGAAGCUGCUGGAGGGCGAGGAGAGCCGGAUCAAUCUCCCUAUCCAGACCUUCUCGGCUCUCAACUUCCGAGAAACCAGCCCUGAACAAAGGGGUUCUGAGGUGCACACCAAGAAGACAGUGAUGAUCAAGACCAUUGAGACCAGGGAUGGGGAGGUCGUCAGUGAGGCUACACAGCAGCAGCAUGAGGUGCUCUAAAGCCAGAGUCCCUCAGACAACAUCCUGGCCCCCUCCUCACCUCCUCCUGAAGCCAGUCUCCUUCCAUCCUGGGAGCCACACCCAGCCACCUUUCUCCCUCACAGCCUCUGACCCUUCCUCACUGGCCACCCCUCCUGGUUCCCAUCCCGCCCAGCCCCAGGGAGAACCCCAGCUGCCUCUGUGGACCCCAUCAUGAGUCCUAGCUGUUGGAAGUGGGUGAGCCUGGCCCUAGGGUCGAAUGGAACCAGCUGGAGCAGUGACCCUACCCUCUCACCUCUGUGACCUCAGGCUCUAGCCUCUGCUUUGGAAAUGGCCCCAGAGCAGGGCAUAUGGACCCCAAAGUGUCAGGACAGAGCCCCAUGGACCCCCAUCCCUCAGCCUGGGUCAGAGAGAGAAAGGACAGCCUUGUUAGCAAGCUAGGCAGAGACCAGGGUACUAGCCCCUGUGGAGUCCGAGGGCCUGAGCCUGGCCAUGCUCCCUGCCUUCCCUUUCCCUAGCCCAGGGUGGGCUCAGGAAGCAGGGGCUGCAAGAGGGAACCCCCGAAGGUGCUGGAUGUGGGAGCAGGAGAUGCGGAAGGAGAGAGAGGGUGAGAUGCUAGAGAGGAGAGGAGAGGAAAGAGGCAGAGAGGGCUCAGGCUGGCAGGAGGGCGCCACCUCCCCACGCCUGCCCCUCCUGCUGCAGGGGCUCUGAACUGAAACAAUAAAGACAUAAGCACAAGCCACCA